CGGAUGCAGCUCGCUUGCUUAUGGAGCUAUGAUGGAACUAGGACCAUUCAGAGUAAACAGUGAUGGAAAAACUCUCCAAAGAAAUAUUUAUGCAUGGAAUAAUGUGGCAAACGUAAUCUUCUUGGAAUCUCCUGCGGGUGUGGGUUUCUCAUACUCGAAUACGACGUCGGAUUAUGAUAAGAAUGGAGACAAGAGAACUGCUGAUGAUUCCUACACAUUUUUAGUAAAUUGGAUGGAGAGAUUUCCACAGUACAAGAAUAGAGAUUUUUUCAUAACUGGCGAAAGUUAUGCUGGCCAU